AUGAUAGCAGCAAUGGCGGGUAUCGACUUGUCUGGAAACUUUCUAUCACAGGAGAUCCCGAAAGGGCUCACAACCCUUGUUGGACUCAGGUACCUGAACUUAUCAGGAAAUCAUCUGUCAGGCUAUAUUCCUGAAGACAUUGGCAAUCUGGUACUGCUGGAAUCCUUGGACCUUUCUCGGAACCAACUUAGGGGAGAAAUUCCUCAAGGCUUUGCAGAUUUGAGGAGCAUAAGCGCUCUGAACCUCUCAACCAACAUGUUAUCAGGGAGGAUACCUAUGGGUGAUCAGCUGCGGACACUCGUUGACCAGUCAAUAUACAGCAAUAAUCCUGGGCUAUGCGGGUUUCCGUUGGAAGACUGCAAAAACUCGCCGACACCGACACAAACUGAAACAAGCCUGGAUGAAGAUAAAGAGACAUUGUGGUUGUAUUGCUUCGUGGCUGCUGGGUUCAUCUUUGGGUUCUGGCUGUACUGGGGCAUCUUCUUAUUUCGCGGCGAGACAUGGAGGUAUUUAUUCUAUCAGUAUGUGGACAACAUGCAAGGCAAGGUAACCAAGAAAGUAUACAGCUGCAUUUCACGCUUCCAGGUCAAAGGGCCUGAAUGA